GAGUUGUUUGAACAAUAUGGCGGCGCCCAUGUAGCGGUGUGAAUCUGUCAUAUGAGUGUAUCGUGUGUUAAUGAGGCACGAGAAUGAAGCUUUGAAUGGUUAUUUAAUAUCGACCACACUGAACGGAUCGCAAUACAUCUGUAUAUAGGUCCCGUUGUCUUUCGUCGGCUGAUAAGGUUGUUAAGAACGAUUUGAGGCUACACUACACAUCUAAACGCGUUAGACCUGCCUGUGGCUCUCCUGACUCUCAUCAUCACUCUGAACAUUGUGCUGCCUUUGAGAUUCACUCUGGAGUCCAGGACCAGCACGAGUCUUCAUCAUCGGAGGCUGGGUAACCAUAGCAACGGGACACUGCUUAUUCUCCUUCACUUCUCCUCCACAAACACGAGACCUUGAGUGUGUGUGAGCUGGUGGGCGGCCGACAGAAACACUUCUGUCCUCUAACAUCUCCCCCUCGUCUGUGUCAGAUUAGCAGAGUCAUGCUGCUCGCUGUGUGCUUGCGGAGGCCACUGCUCGAUGCCCAUCUGAUCAGGCUCAGCGUCCGCGGGCUGUUCAGUGAAUCGGGGGUCUGGGAGCGCGACUAUAAGGCGGAGACGCGGCGUCGGGUGGAGCAGUGGUGGCACGGCCGCAUACAGGAACAGUGGCAGAGAGAUGCAGCAGAUCAGAGCUCCCGGAAGAAGUUUUAUGUCCUCUCCAUGUUCCCGUACCCAUCGGGUCGGCUGCAUAUGGGCCACGUGAGGGUUUACACCAUCAGCGACACCAUCGGCCACUUCCAGAGGAUGAGAGGCCAUCAGGUGUUGAACCCGAUGGGCUGGGAUGCGUUUGGUCUGCCGGCUGAGAACGCCGCCAUCGAACGAGGCCUGGACCCAGAGGACUGGACCAAAAGUAAUAUCGAGUCCAUGCGGAAGCAGCUGGACAGUCUGGGGCUCUGCUUUAAUUGGGAUCGGGAGGUCACUACAUGUCUGCCCGAUUAUUAUAAGUGGACCCAGUAUCUGUUCAUCAAGCUGUUUGAAGCUGGACUGGCCUAUCAGAAAGAGGCGCUGGUGAACUGGGACCCUGUGGAUCAGACGGUUCUGGCAGAUGAGCAGGUGGAUGAAAGCGGUCGCUCCUGGAGGUCUGGAGCCCCGGUGGAGCAGAAGCUGCUUAAACAGUGGUUCAUCAAAACCACCAACUACGCCAAGCCUCUUCUGGAUGCUUUGGCAGAUCUCCCUGAAUGGUAUGGAGUCAAAAGCAUGCAGGCCAACUGGAUUGGCGACUGCUCAGGCUGCUUUUUCAACCACAUAAUGAAGGUGGAUGGUCGAGACUCAGGGGAGGUGUUGGCUGCAUACACCUGUUCUCCGGAGGCCGUGUUCGGAGCAGCCUAUGUCUCAGUCCUGCCCUCCCACCGGCUGCUGCACGGCUCCAGUGCCCUCAAAACAGCUCUGCUAAGAGCUCUGAGACACGGCAGAGACAGUCUGACUGAUGUCACGGCCCUCAACGUGUUCACCGGCCGCGAGGUUCCAGUGGUGAUCUCCAGCAAGAAUGAGUUCGACGGACAUCUGGACACUGUAAUAGGCAUCCCAGAGAGCAGUGAGGAGGAUGCAGAGUUAGCUCAGUCUCUGGGCUUGAGCUGGAUUUCUGUUCUGAAGACAGAAGAAGACGGAACCCAGACUCUAAUAAACUCAGAUGAGUUCACAGGCCAAAGCCGGGCAGAAGCUUUUAACUCUGUCACCCAGAAAGCCCGGGAGAGGAACGCUGGUGGUUACCUCACUAGUACCAAGCUUCGUGAUUGGCUAAUCUCAAGGCAGCGCUACUGGGGCACACCCAUUCCCAUAGUGCACUGCGGCGCAUGCGGGCCAGUGCCAGUUCCAGUGGAGGAGCUGCCAGUCAUGUUACCUAAAGUACCGUCCCUCUCAGGGAAAGGGGCGUCGCCCUUAAAGACGGCACGGGAUUGGCUGAGAUGCCAGUGUCCGAGGUGUAAAGGGCCGGCGGAGAGAGAAACAGACACCAUGGACACCUUUGUGGAUUCUUCCUGGUACUAUUUCAGAUACACUGACCCUCAGAACCUGCUGAGGCCUUUCGAGCGCUCCAGAGCGGAUCACUGGAUGCCUGUGGAUGUUUAUAUCGGAGGCAAGGAGCACGCCGUCAUGCACCUGUACUACGCACGCUUCCUCAGCCACUUCUGCAGAGACCAGGGCAUGGUUUCACACAGGGAGCCCUUCAGAAAACUGCUGGUGCAGGGUCUGAUAAAGGGGCAGACGUUCAGGGUGCCAGAGACCGGCCAGUACCUCAAGAAAGAAGACAUCGACUUCUCAGGUCCGGAGCCCAUUCAGAGGGACACCGGCGGGCGACUGCAGGUCACAUGGGAGAAGAUGAGUAAAUCCAAACUCAACGGACUGGACCCGCAGGAGGUGCUGCAGCAGUACGGCCUCGACACCAUGCGCCUCUACCUCCUGUACGCCGCUCCACCCGAGCAGGACAUCUUAUGGGACGUCAAGACUGAUGCCAUCCCAGGGGUGUUGCGAUGGCAGGCCCGUCUGUGGGGUUUGGUCACCAAACUGAGAGCUGCACGCGAGGGUCCAGAGACGCCCAACCCCUCAGUCCUCAACAAGAGAGAACGAUCAGAGGCCAGGAAGAUCUGGGAGAACAAGAACUAUGCCAUCACACAGGUCACAGGUCACUUCACGGAGGACUUCCUGUUUAACGCGGCCAUCUCUCGGCUCAUGGGCCUGACCAACACACUCUCACAAGCCUCGUCUCGGGUGGUUCUGCACAGCGUGGAGUUUGAGGAGGCCUUGGCAUCGCUCUGUGUGAUGGCGGCACCCAUGUGUCCACACUUAGCUUCUGAACUCUGGGCAGGUUUGUCUCAGGUGAGGAGUCAUCUAGGAAGUGUGAUGUCUGGGAAGGGAAGUGUCCUUCAGCAGCCGUGGCCCAGUGUGGACCCAGAGUACCUACAAACACCCGACACACUCCAGCUGUCCGUACGGAUCAAUAAUAAGGUGUGUGGGAGUGUAUCUGUACCUCGUGAAGUGGCUCAGGACGCACAGAAGGUUCAGGAGCUAGUGCUGAACAGCCCGCUGGGUGUCCGUCUGCUCUCUGAGCGUGUCAUUAAGAAGGCCAUCCUCUCGCCCAGAACGGCCCUCAUCAACUUUCUGGUGGACGAAUGAUGUGAUGUGUCUUCCUGGACUUCCAGAAUGGACCGUGCGUGAAAAAGAUGCAGAUAUCCAAAGAGCCACAUCACUGAAGGAUGUGUAAAAAAAAAAGUGAACAAAUAAGGACAUGGUGUACUGAGUAACUUUUCAGUUUUAUAAGAUGUUCUUGAGUUGAAAAUGAAAACGGCUUUGCUCUUUGUUGCUAAAUAAAGAGGAUUUUAGGUGAUUUUCAGGUUAAUAGGAUACAUGUUUUGCCCUCGUUGUCACGAGGCAGUGUUGGUGUUUGGUAGCAAGCUAUUUCUGAAUGGCCAGUUUUAGCCUGACAUUACAACACCUCGAACAGACCUGCACUGCCUGAAAUGGAGAUGUGGAGAUCAUGCUGUGCUUUCAGACAACAGUGGGAUUCCUGCUGGGUCUCAUAACCAGCGUCUGGUUGACUCACUGUCCUGUAUGGGGUCUUUAGGUCUUCAUCAUCCUGGUUGUGGUGUUAGAGCACAUACACACUAAGAUCAAACAGCGUGAAGCAAAUUAUUUCAGUGGGGGGGGGGGUUGCAUCACAAGUAUACUAUGCAAAACAAUUGGUGUAGGACUUACUUUGAAACAAUUUUCACUCAGAAAUUGCUAGUAUAUGUCACAAAUAAAUGAUAAAUAAUGCAUUGAAUUAAAUUUUACAUUUGUAAGAAUGCAAAAAGUUACACUCUGUCAUGCAACCAAAAUUUAAGAAAUUGUUAAUGCAACUCUAUUGUGCAUGAAUGUAUUGACCAAUAAGAAUUACUUUCAAAAUUUGCUUAUCUUGCUCUAACCAUACCCCCAAGACACAUAUACACAUUUCUGUCCAUCAAAGAGUUUGAUUGUGUGCAAGCGCUUUUUCCAGUUUGUGCUCUAAUAAUAGAAAAGCAAGUACAGUUUGUGGUGGAUCUUUUUGAAUAGGCAAAAUACUAAAAUCUUCAAUACUUUUGCAAUGAAAAGCCAAAUAUUGAUAAAUGAAUAAAUGUAAAUUCAAAUCAGAAAUAAAAUGGUAUCAUAAAUUUA